AUGUCAGAAGAUAGAAUGAGUGAUCAUGGAAGUAUGUAUCUCCCCACUAUCAUAGCCUGCUUUGGGCCUAGCGGAGACGAUGCACAGAACUUUUCGAAGGCUCAGUCGUUCGAAGCUCCUACCACUCGCUUCGUCUGUGACUGCGGUAAGAGUUACAUGCGUAAAGAACAUCUCCGACGUCAUCAAUCCACUCAUGACGGAGAGCCACAGAAGUGCCACAUCUGUGGGCAGCUCUAUUGGCGCAAAGACGUUCUUCAGCGUCACUUGGCCACUCAUGAAGAUCAUCCUCCAGCUAGACCACGCGCUUGCGAUGCUUGUCGCGCAAACAAGACCAAGUGCGAUGGCAAUGGAGUCGUUGAUUGCACAUUUUGCAAGAAAAAGUCCAUCUCUUGCCACUAUUCUCUGCGUCGCUCGAGGGCUCGAAAAGGCGCUGCUGCGAAAGGAUACGACGCGACACGUUUCGAUCAUCCCUCAUCCCACAAUGCUUCUACAGACGAGCCUGCUCAGAAAGCGGCACCUGCAGUCAUAGCAGAGGCCAGUGGCCUAUCUUCUAUGGCGAACACAGACUCGCCAAGCUCUCAGAAUGCUCCAUCGCCCCCACAUCCGCACAUUGGCACGACUGCUAAGCCUGAGACCCCUAGUGAUACGGCUUAUCUAAAAAUGAUCCUUCAAGAACUAUCUACAUCACCGCCCAGAUCGAGUCCCUUGCAUGACACAGAUUUCCCCGAUACCAUGGAAACGUGGAUGCAAAAUUGCUUUGAAUCUUAUGUUAAUCGUUUUCAUCAUCGAUGGCAUAUCAUUACCGCGCCUACCUACGAGCUCAAGAAGAAGCCUUAUGACAACGCAGCAUCCGUCCUCAUGAUUGGAUCCUAUUUUUCUCACGCAGCAGAACAGACACACUUGAGUAUUGAAAUUCACGAGAAAUUAAUGGGUCAUUAUCUGCAGCUAACAGAAUCGGUAGUAGAAAGCAAAAGGAUACCGGAUACAGUGAGACAGCUUGAGACCUACCAGUCGAUUUUGAUGAAUAUCAUCUUCGGAUUAUCCUUAGCUCAAGAGAGAACCGCAGCACGAGCUAGCCACUUAUGUGGUCGAUUAAUCGAGACGAUGCGGAGUACUGGUUUCUUCGUCCAGUCCCAGGCACAGAGUAUCCUCCAGAGCGAAUUCCCCGGUGAUUAUAGUCCUUGGAUCGGUAUGUUUAUAGACGAGUGGAAAAGACUCAUUUGUAAUCUAUUCAAGGUAGAGACAGAAAUAUCUCUCCUUUAUCGACAGUGUCCCCGGCUGCUCAACAAAGAGCUUAGUAUACCCCUACCAUCAACCUUCUCUUUGCGGAACUGUCAUGAUUUCGGCACUUUUACUCAUCGGGAAAAGCGCGAAAGUUCAGGCCGCAACGUCAAAUUGUCCAUGAUGAUGAGAUAUCCUGACUGGUUCCUCCCUGAUCCAUUACUCGUCGAAGACAUCCACCUCGGCCUUUGUGGUCUGGCUUUCGAUCUCUUCGACCAACCGCAACUUCACUCGGUCUCAAACUCGCGAGAUAAUGCCGCAGCCAUCUCUAGCCGCGCCAACAUUGUGCGACGGCUUGCAAUUUGGGCUGUGCAUAUUCAGGUUAUAUCUGAGAAACUUUCAUCCGACGCAUCUAACCCAGGCGAUCACGAUCUCGUAACUGCGUACCUUCAGCGAGAAGAUGAGACUAGCGCCUUGUCGUAUGAUAGGUCAGUUGUCAAAGAUCGUAUUCAAGAUAUCUUUCAACAGACGACAACGCUGUAUGACAAACUUCAGACUCUACUUUCAGUUGAUGAGCGAAAUUGA